UCGGGGUGCAGAAGGGAACAGUAACUAUAGUUUGUGGCCGCCGCCUCUCCGGAAACCUCUCCGGCCCUUCCAUCUCCCUGCCCCUUCGGUUACGUUCGCUACUCCCACCCCUCUAGAACACAUAGGCCUCUUUCUCCCGCCACUCAGGAGCGUCACUAGGCUCCUCCUUUCCGCGUCUGCUACGUAACCGCCUCUGCCGCCUUUUUAUUUUGUCACAAGUCUUAGUGUUUCCACGUUACGUUUGUAGCUUCCUGACCCCGCCCCUCUAAGUUACGUCACAACUCCGCCCUUAUUGUUUUGGUUAUGUCACCGCCUCUUGUUCUCAGCAGUACUUACCUUUCCCUUGGCCCCUACUACCCCUUCCACUUUCCUCUUUCUCCCCCUCCCUCCCCUAUCCCCGAUCCAUCCCCCCAUGACCUCUUCUGCUCCUUUCCUCAUUGAACUACCAGCCCGGCCGCCCUCACCCAUAGGAAAACAUAGCGACUUCCCCUUCCCUCCUGGGUCUCCGACACCCUGCAGGAAAGGAUUCACCGUCCAGUUGCCUCUGGCGGCCAGGAAAGGUUACAGCGACCACCCUGCCCCUACCGCCGGCCUUUCCCCAAACGCAGGCAAGAGGUGCAACGACUCCUCUCAGUUCUCGGACUCUCCCCACUUCUCCAUAGACUCUUCCUCUUGCGUAACCGGCACGACCCCCUGCCCACUCCCACGGAUUCCUUCCCCGCCCCCACCACCUCGUUCCCCACUUCCCCAACCUCCCUUGUGCCCAGGGAGAUGUUUCUUUGAGCCCUCAUCUUCUCCACUGCUCGACAGGCUUUAUUGCCAUGGGUCCAGCCUCUCGUGUUCUCCCCCUCCAAGUCCUUAUUUUAACCGGUCCAGCAUUCCAAAAUCACCCACUCUCCCUCAGCGGAGUGCUUAUUGCAGCUGGAUCAGUCCCCCAAGAAUGCCACGCCCCUGUCCUCGAGGCCCUUACUUAGAUCAGCACACUUACUUCUGUUACUGUAGUGAACACCCUUCAGUUUUGGGAACCAGCCCCAUGACCUCUCCUACCCUCACUCGUAGGCCCUUAGGAACCUGUCCAGUGACCCCUCCUACCUUCACUUAUCAGCCUCCAAGAACCAGCCCGGUGACUUCCCCUCACCUCAUUCAUACACCCUUGGAAACUGGCCCCACAGUUUCACCUCCUGUUGCUCAUGAGACCCUGGGAACUUGCCUCACAAUGUCACCUGCCCUUGUUCACCAGCCAGUGGAAACUAGACUUACAGUCUCUCCAACCCUGUCUCACAGAGUUGUGGAAACUGGGCUGAUGAUCUCACCCCUGCCCUCUCACUGGUCCUCAGGGAGAAAUUAUAAUGACCCUCCUCUUUCCCAAACAUCUUACCCACCUACUGACAGUUUGUACCAUGGUGGUCUUAAGCUUCCAGACUCUUGUGAACCUAAACCACAGCUUGAUCUGCCCCUUGAGAAAAAUUGUUGUGGCCUCCAUUCCCAGGCAGGCAUGUCUGACUCUUCCAGCUUACCUCAGGAGAGCACUUAUUAUGUCCAGCUUUCCUCAGAUUGCGACAUACCUGUCACUGGAAGUCCUCACUGUGUCAUCCGACAACCCCCUAGGAGUACUGGUUCUCCUUACUCACCCCAGUCCAAGGCUCUUGGAAAGCCUUGCUUUGGGUCCAAUUUCUCCUGGGAGGUUGGUGGGAACUCUUACUUCUUGCAAAACCCAGGCACCACAAUUUCUGGCCCCCCUAGUCCCCAGGAACCAUCUCUUCCCUAUUGUCCUUAUUCUGGCUUCUUCCCUUCAACCCUGGGCAACCAGUUUAUAUCUUCACCCCAAUCACUUCCCACUAGGAGAUACACUGAGCCCCCUCUUCCCACCUCUGUUUGCCCCCAAACAAAGUCCCCUAAAUUCUCAGAAUUAAGGCAGUCAUGUACUCCCCAUAGGUGUCACUCCCUAGUGAAUACUACCCAGCAUGCCCCUGCUGACCAGCCAAACCCCUCUAAGCCCAGUACCUCUCCUCCACCUCCCUUCCGUCCCUCUGGCCUUUCUGAUCCUCCUUGUAUGAAGCCACCCCUUGCAACUCCUUCAAAUUCCUGCCCGAAAGGACUUCCCCCAGGGCUUCUCUUACCUUCUCUUACGGUGGUUCCUAGAACCCUCAAAACUGUUGUCCCCACCUCUCUUCCCCUCCACCUUCCUUGUGAUCCUAUCUUUCCAACUAGUUAUGCUCAGAGCAGCCCCCAUGGACCCCUCAUAAGAUCCCCCUGCAAUACUCAUAUAUUCUCUGUGGUUCCCUCCACCCCCCAUCCCUGCCCUGUCUCUGAUUGUCUCAAUCGCACCCUAGGCCCCCCUCAGUGUCUUAACCAUCCCAUAGUGCCCCCUGGUGGCACAUAUAAUGCUCCUAGGGGCCCACCCCAAUCUAAUCGCCAGCCUGUGGUACCUCCUUGUUCUACCCACAUCUAUUCUUUCAUACCUUUGAGAACACCCUUUGACCCCCAAUGUUUACCCAUUGCCCCCCGAGUCCGGGCCUGCCCUGAUCCUGUCCCUUGUGGCCUCCAUACCUACUCUGUGGCCCCACAAGGCUCUUGUAAAGAGCCCCCCAAGAUUCCCUAUAGCUGCCCUUUGCCUUCACUCAAGGUUUCCAGCUCUACUGCUAAUCUCAGCUGUAGUUCGACUGUUAUUAUUCGUGAGUGCCGGAGUAGUAGCAGCCAGACCAAAAUCAUCUCAGAAAGCAGGAGUCAGAGCCGGAGCAAUAGUCCUUAUCGAAGCAAAGAUCUGGACCAGAGUGAGAGUCUCCAAAUUAGCAGAAGUCGGAGAAAGAGCAAGAGUCCCCACCAUGGCAAAAGUCACAACCGGAGCAGGAGUCCCAAAAGUGGCAAAGGCAAGAGCAAGAGUCCCCGGCAUAGCAGAAGCCGGAGUAAGAGUCCCCAGAGUCCCCACUGUGGCAACAAUCUUCAGCGCAAGAGUCCUCGCCAACACAAGAAAUGAGGGCUAGAGCACAAUGGUCUAGACCAGACCAAAAAUCCAGGCGAGAGCAAAAGUCAAAGUAACAAUAUUAUCAGCCACGACAAGCAACCUAGCUUCAGCAACCAGGACCAACUUGUGGAUUUCUCCUUUGAAAUCUUCAUUUCCUUUUACUCUGCCUUUAGGCUCUUCAAACCUGACUCAUGUCCUUCUCUGCUACCCCCAUAGCAGUCAUUUUAAAAGUCCCUGUUUUGGUUCAUACCUAAAGAUUAUGUGAGCUCCCUUUAU